GAUUUUCAUAUAAUCGAUCGAUCGAAAAUAAAGAUGAAACACUUCGAUUUAUCGAUAGGAAAACGUGUGCCAUUACGCUUGUACUUAUGUACAGAAUGACAGUUCUAUGGACAAGUAAUGGUAUGAAAUAUUCUGACUGUCCCAUUUUCUACCGAUGUCAGAAUUGUGUCUCGUAGAUAAUGAAGGGAAACCGAUUUGUAAAAAUAUACGUGCUGACUAAAGACACCUAAUGCAAACUAAUUUGUAACGCGGAAUGACUUAUUCGCCGUGAGAAGUUUAUUGGAAGAUUGAGAAUGUCACGCAAGUAAUGUAAUGAUCGACCACCGUCUAAAAUUCUCUGUCUAAAUUAUUUCUGGCAAAUAGUUACCAAGAAAUUCUAAAAUUACGUCGUACAUUUAUUACAACGGAUACCAUUAAUGGAAUUGUAUUUACUGCUAUCAGAAGUUGCAUAGAAAUGUUUAUUAAAUGACCUCGUAAUUACUGUAACCAAUACCUACGACGCAAUGGAAAAAUUUGCCGUUGAUUUAGACAAAGUUCUUGACGAUUUCGAGUUUAAUGAAGAUUGUGCAGAGCAAAUUGCAUCUGUUAAUUCUUCGACAAAUAGUGCAUCAUCAUCUGUGGUUAAAUGUAAUUUGGAACCUUCAAAUUUAAAGAACUAUAAUUAUCUCUUAAUAGAUUCUAAAAAAACCAACAAGGAAUUUGACAUUGUAUCACCUUUGGAAAGACAACAAGGCACGCAACAAAUAAAUGCAAGAGGUAAAUGUGUCAGUGAAAAGGACACAAUUCCUGAUAGCUUUAAUUGCAGUAAAGAAGAGACAACGAUAGAAAACACAGAAGGUGUGAAUCAGUUUUACACACAGGAACAUGUAAAUGACACUAAAGUGAUACAAAAACAAUCUAUACCCUCUUAUGAUGCUGAACAGAUUCCUUCAACAAUAUAUAAUGACAUAUCACAAAAAUUAAUACGAAAACAACAAAAUGAUAGUAAUAGUCCAAAGAUUGACAAUAGGUAUGGUAAAAAAUUAAAUCAGUGUAAUCUAAAACCUAGUGUUAGUAAUGUCUUUAGUAGCUUGAACGAAUAUAUAAAUGCACCACCUGGGAGUUCAGAUUGUAUUCAUUCUGUAUUAAGUGAGCAGAAAGUGCAGUCUGAUAUAGAAUCUAAAACUACUUAUCAUGAAGGUGAAGAAUCUCACUUUGUUCAGAGCUCUAUUAAAGAUAGUGAUAAGAGUAUAGCGCUUAAGCAACCAGGUGAUGUAGCUAGCAUAACCAGAGAAACAUCUGCUUCAAGCCAUCAAGAUGUGUCCAUAGCAUUAGAAGUACCUAUUAAACUUGAGAAUGAUAUCAAAGAAGACUCUGUGAAAAAUAUUCACACAAUACAUUUUGAUGAAACGAAAAAUGAAGAAGAGAUUUUGAAAGAAGUCACAUUGAACCAAGUGCAUACUGAGUCAAGUAAUAAAGUGGAAAUUGUAAGUAAAACAAAUGAUUAUGAUUCUGAUUUACAGGAAGAUACCAAUAUAAGGAAUGAAGAAAAUAGUUCUAUACCUGAAAGUACUUAUAGUCAAAGUUAUCAAUGUGAAAGUAAUUCUACACAGUUAGAAGAAAAUGAAAUAAAAUUAAAUGUGGAAGACUCUGGUUCAACUGAUCAACAUGAGAAUAGUUUAAAUGUAGCAAGUAAACCAAUUGGAUUUAGUAAUAUUGAUAAUUUAUCAGAAGAUGAAUUAACAAAGUACUUAAUAGAAUUAGAAGAAGAAGAAAAAUUGAAUGAGGAAUAUGCUAAGCAUGAAACUGAUAAAGUGCAUAAAUCACAUGAAAAUAUAUUAGAAACUACAACACAAAACACUUUUCCAGAUCAAGUAGAUAAUGGCAAACAUGUAGACCAUGUAUCUGAAAGUUUGGUAACAGAAUCUCCUAUAAUUAUACAAAAAGAAGCAAGUCACGAAACUGACAAUAUUUCAGUAAUCAAUUAUGAGAAAGAUAAAGUGCAUAAAGACACGCUAAGUAAUGUAACAGAGCAGCAAAGUUCACAAUUCAAUGCUGAAUUGAAAGACAGCAGUAUUUCAAGUAGUAAAAGCAGUAAAGAAGUGCAAUUACUACAUGAAAAUGUUUGUGUGACUUCAGAGAAUACAUGUUUGCCUAAUGUAAAAAAUAUCAAAGACACUCAAGAACAUUGUAUGUAUAAUUUAAACAUUAACCAAGGUUCAUUGAGUAAUGGUAAAACUGAAAUACAGUUAAAAGAAGAGAAGGAAAGUCAUGCACAAGAUAAUCAAGCUUGUGAAUUGAAAAUCCCAGGUGAUAUUGAUAAUGUUUCUGAAGAAAAACCUGCAAUUGCACCUGAAAUAACUGUGUUAAAUGAUAAAAUAAAAAGUAGUAAUGAUGCGAUAUCUACAUCUAUAGAAGCAUCUACAAGACCAAAUGUAAGUGAUACCAAUGGUGAAUCAGAGAAGCCAGUACGUCCUCAAACUUUAGACAUUGUUUUGACUAAUAAUACCAAUGAACAUCAAAUAGUGGGUUCUACAAGUGAUACACCAUCAGGCCAUGCACAAUCAAAUAUUGAUGGUACAAAAGAAGAUCAAGGAUCUUCACCAGAUAUUUUAGAUAAUUCUUUACCAGAAACUAAUUCCAUUUUGGGCAAACAACCUCCAUUCUGGGUCCCUGACAGUGAGGCACCUAGUUGUAUGCUUUGUGAUGUAAAAUUUACAGUAAUGAAAAGACGACAUCAUUGUCGUGCAUGUGGAAAAGUGUUAUGUAGUAAAUGCUGUAAUAUGAAGUAUAAAUUAGAAUAUCAAGGAAACAUUAAUUCACGAGUCUGUGUUUCUUGUUAUCAGCUUCUUACCAAAGCUGAAUCAGAGCAAAGUAUAGGAGAAUGGUCUUCUGGUUAUUCUACAUGUGUAAAUAAUAAUGAUAUUAAUUCGCCCCAGGGGAGACAGCCUAACCCAAAUAAUCCCAUGGAGUACUGUUCAACUAUACCACCCUUGCAACAGUUAGCUGGCGGAUUACCACCACCACCCACGGUUAUGGUACCUGUUGGAGUUCUUAAAAGAGAAGGUGGUACGAAGAAUCGGCCUGAAGUUUCAAAAUCGGUCAUGUUUAGUGAUGGAAUAAGGCCUGGCUGUGACCUGACAGAAUUAGACAUGUCCUGGGAUUUGAAACCACCAUACCGGAAAUCAGGGAAUAAGAGGAUACCAACCCCCGGAUCGUCCGUAUCGAAUACUACUGCUAAACGACAAAAUGUGCCACGUUUGGAUCCAGUUACAGAAAGUUAUAUACCACAGGAUCCUAAUGUCCUUCCUCCAACCGUAACGAUACAUAAAGGGCAAGUAUCUUACCACGCUGUAACGGACGAGGGACUUUUAUACAAAACACUGAAAAAUGAAUGCGAACCACCUAUUAUGUUUGCAAUUAACCGAAAUCUUUAUGCAUAUGUCAAAAUAUUGACAUUACAAUGUUGCAUAAAUAAAACAUGUUGGAACAUUACGUCAAAGGGAUUAGCUUGUGUGGGGCAGGAUGAAGUUAUAUUAUUGGUUGAAGUAUUACCCGAUGAAACCAGAAUACCAAAAGAUCUGCUCAUCUUCAUCAAUCAAUUGUAUUUAGAAGCUAUUAAAGGUAAUACUGUAUCUGAAUUGGGAUUCGCUGUCUUUCAAGGAGGCAAUCUUUUGGAUUCUCGAGAACAUGCAGGAUUUUUAUUCAUUCGCCAAACAUUACAGUGUUUACAAAAAAUUGUAUUACCUCCUGCUCCAUUCCUGUUUGGUCUUCUAGUUCACAGAUGGGAAACUCCAUGGGCGAAGGUAUUUCCAUUACGUCUUGUUUUACGGCUUGGAGCAGAAUAUCGUUACUACCCCUGUCCUUUAUUUUCUGUUCGAUUUCGAGAUGCAUUGUACUUUGAAAUAGGACAUACCGUUAUGAAAGUGUUGGCAGAUUUCCGAAAUUUUGGAUACACGUUACCAGGUGUAAGAGGAUUGACUAUUCACUUGAGAAACAGAAUGACCGAUGUAAUGUUCCCGAAAAAUCGAUAUGAUCAAGUGAUCAAGGGCUUAAAUAAUUCCAAUGAUCAUGUACUAGCGUACGCUUCGAACUUUAGUAUAUCUGCUGACUCUCAUUUAGUCUGUAUACAAACCAAUACCGGCGACGAGAGCAGUUAUCAGACACAAGCGAUAAGUAUCAAUAAUAAACCAAGAACGGUGACGGGUACAAGUUUUAUUGUCAUUAAUGGAGCAUUGAAAUCGUCGAUGGGUCUUUCAGCCAAAUCUAGUAUAGUAGAAGAUGGUUUGAUGGUAGAGAUAAUGCCAGAAAAAAUGGAAGCUUUGAAAGCUGCCCUAAAGAAUAUGCAAGACUUUUCAAUCGGAUGCGGUCGACAAGGAGCACUUGAACCCGAUGAAACAGUAAACAUAAAAUGGGUCGACAAUGAUUUGCAAUUCAACUUAGGAGUUAAAAGUCCUAUUGAUGGACAGCAGAUGGAUGGCAUCCCAUCAAUUAGGGUACAUAAUGGUACCGAUUACAAGGGAACGAGUAGAUUUAUUCGCUGGACGGAAGUAUUUAUUAUUAAGUCUGAUGAUCAUCCAAAUGGCGUUCACGAUCCAGUGGAUAUAAAUAAAUUAUCAGGUAAUAUAGCAAAAGCAACGUGCACAGCUUUAGUGAAGUUGUUGGAUCUCCUGGCAAAUGCUGGUUUAACGAAACUUGGUGUACGAACAACUGUUCAUCCUGAUAAUGUGGGAUAUGAAGCUGGUAGCGAAGGUAUGAAACUACCACCAAUCUACAUGAACAGUUUGGACAACGAAUUAAUUCAAGUCCUGCAUAAAGCAGCACAAAGCAGUCAGGAUACGCAUACUGUGCUUGAAUUGAUUUUUUACAUACUUGACGAUUGAAACCUAGAUCCGUUUUGUUAAUCGUUUUAACGGAUAAUAUAAUAUAAAGACCGUGAUGUUUGUUUGUUCGAGGUAUACAAUUAACAAACUCGUGGAACUAUUAAAAUAGAUCUUUCGAAAUGAGGAAAAAAUAUUUUCUAACCAAGUACUAAUCUAUAAAAAUAACAUAAAAACCGCGCAUAUGUUGUAAAAUGCAUCGAAUCAUGUUAAGCACAUUAUCCAGAGAAGAAAACAUUGUGAAGUUAAGCGACAAAAUUUCCUUUAUUGUAUUAGCUUCUGUCCUUCGGUUUCUGAAACUCGUUUGUUUAUACCUUUUAUUAGGAACAAUAGAUAUUACAUGUUUCAUUGCAUAUAGGUAUAAAUUUUAUAAAAAAAAACUAGGUAAGAAAAUGUUGCGCCACAAAUCAAAAUGAAAUACUCUAAUUUGUUAUCAUGUAAAUAUAUUUGUUUCAUUGUUACUUAUGGAAUUUGAAAAACAAUUUCUUACUAUAUUUUACCUUAUAAUCACUUGUUAGUGCGCUUCACCAAAUUCUAAAGUUUUUGUAAUACAAACCAGUGGCGUAACUAGGUAGGGACCAGGGUGGGCCUAUCUCCCCUCCUCCCGAAAACAACAGACUGGACACAUUUUGGGUAAAAAAUUUUCAAGAAUAUCGUGGAUAACUGUUAGUAAAAUUAAGGACUCACCUCAGACAAAAAUCCUAGUUACACCACUGAUUGAAACUAUUCUGUAGAAAGUACCUACUUUAAAGCUGAUAAUUAUCAAUGUGUACAAGUGACUUUUAAAUCAUGCGGCAUAUUAUAAUCAACAGAAAAAAGCUAUUACAAUAUUUAUAACACAUGUGAAUAAGUUUUAUGUAGCUGUUGAUAAUAAUCUGUAAAUAUGUAUAAAAGCUAAAUACCAUAUCUGUUUUAUUGUGAUUGGAUAGAUUUUGUUUCUUAAAAAGAUUAACAAUUAAUAUAUAUCUAAAUCUGUCUUAUUUAAUAUAUGUA